AUGUAUCAAAGUAGCAAAUUACCAAUCUACAUAUCUGGAUUAUCCGGAUUGGCCAUGCUGUCAAACGUUUGUAACGUUGAUGGCCUCAAUGCUUCAAAUGCCACAAUGCGUUCGUUGCAUUGGCCUGUCUAUGCAUGGACCAAAAAUUACGAAAUGAUCAAUGCGAUCUAUACGUUGAUCUCUCACAUUGGGAUGAUCUUUUCUCCGUGCCAGUCUGCCACUUAA